AUGGCCUUACCUCUGCCGUCGGGUCUCGUACCCGCCGAAGUUGCUUUCCUCUGCGAAAUGGAACUGGUCACAAUUGUGCCCCGCCAGCGCCUGGAAAGCAUCGACCUGCUAAGCGGUGCAACACCAGCCCUACGACCUCCGGCACGCGCCGAUCUGCCCAUGUGGCUCGCCCUCCUCCUCAAGAAACAACGUCGAGCGAACAUUGUCCCUCCGCCAUGGCUCCAUCCCCAGUCGCUUGCCAAGAUCGUCCACCACGAAACCAAAAUCGAGCCCGAUGCCUUCUCGCCCCCUCCGCCACCGCCCGCCAGAGGCGACGCGCUAGGAAACGCCAGCCGAUACGGCGAAGAGACGCUUUCCGCCCCGUUCCUACCUUCAUGCACCGCCGAUGCACCGCCAAACGCCCUGCCAUACCACUGGUUCGAGCUCGCAGAGAUGCUGCUAGCCCACGCGAUCGACGAUAUACCCGCCCCCUCCGAAGUCAGGUCACUCCUCCGAGACCUCCAAGAAGUGCGAUCCGCGAAGCUGAGAAAGAGCACGGAAGAGCUUUCCGAGGUUGCGGGUGUCAUGAGUCUGCGCGGAGUGGGAGCGAUGGAGCUGGCCGAGAGCCGUGGCUUCUUCCUGGGCGUCAUAGAGGGCGUACGGAAGAUUGGCGCGAGCGCUGAGGCUAGCAGACGCGAGGAGGAGGAAGAGCGUGGAGACGGUGUCGAUUAUGAUGAAGACGAAGAUAUGCUAUGA